CAUAUGUAACUGGUUGUGUAAAGAGGGAAGACGACAGUGUUUGCGUCGUUUGCCGUUUCUCUCAAUUGAGUUUGCUUCAAAUUCACGUUGAUAGUCGAGUUCCGACAGCUUUACUUAACUUAACCUUUAGUGUUUGCACGGUGUAUGCUGCUCUGCAUUUGUAAGAGGCUCGUUAUCCACAGUAGAAAAAGACCCGGCUCAGUUUCCUCCUGCUUGACCAACUCAUUCACCAGUGAAACCAGCAUGUCUGACAAAAAACGCAAGGCAACAUCUGCUGCUGCUGUUGGACCCAGUGCCAAGCAGCAGAAGUUGGUUUCCAUGAAGGAGGAGAAAAAGCAGAGAGCUACGGGUUGGCUGGAGGAACUUCUGAAUCAGAAGAGGAGCGAGAAGAAGGACAUGAAAUUAAACAAAAAGCGCCUGCGUUUUCUAUCUGACACCCAGAAGAUAAAACAAGGUUCAGAGGGUGUUUUGUACUGGAUGUUAAGAGACCACAGAGUACAAGAUAAUUGGGCAUUGAUCCAUGCCCAGCGGCUUGCCAUAAAGGAGAACCUUCCUCUGCAUGUCUGUGUCUGUCUGGUUGUUCCAGAGUCAGAGGUGUCCACCCUCAGGCACUACAGCUUCAUGAUGAAAGGUCUGGAAGAAGUUGCAAAGAAAUGUAAACGCUUAGACAUCCAGUUCCAUCUGCUGCACGGUUCGGCAGGGGAGGUACUGCCUGGCUUUGUGUCUGACCACAGCCUGGGGGCGGUGGUGACAGACUUCUCCCCUCUCAGAGAGCCACUACAGUGGUUGGAGGACUUGACAAAGAAGCUUCCAAAGGACAUCCCUCUCAUACAGGUUGAUGCCCACAAUAUUGUUCCCUGCUGGGUAGCAUCUCCUAAACUUGAGUAUUCUGCAAGAACGAUCAGGGGGAAAAUUACCAAACUUUUGCCAGAGUUCCUCACUGAAUUUCCCCCAGUAGAGAAACAUCCCUACACAGCUACAAGAACAGCCAAACCAGUAGACUGGGCUGAAACCCUGGCCUCCCUGCAGGUUGAUAGAACAGUAGGAGAGCCGGAGUGGGCUAAGCCAGGAACCAAGGCGGGGAUGGCCAUGUUGGAGUCCUUCAUUGAUGUACGGCUCAAAAUGUUCGACACCAAACGCAACGAUCCAAACGCUCCCGCCCUCAGCCAGCUCUCACCCUGGAUCCGCUUUGGACACCUGUCAGCCCAUCGUGUGACACUACAAGUUCAGCAAGGCGGGAAGAGCACAGGUCAGCCUGUCGCUUCCUUCAUCGAAGAGCUGGUGGUGCGCAGAGAGCUGACAGACAACUUCUGCUUCUACAACAAGAAAUACGACAGCAUAGAGGGUGCUUAUGAGUGGGCACAGAAGACCUUGAAAGAUCAUGCCAAAGACAAGAGGCCAUAUCUCUAUACACGAGAACAGCUGGAGAAUGCAAAGACGCAUGACAAGCUGUGGAACGGAGCUCAGUAUCAGAUGGUCACAGAGGGGAAGAUGCACGGUUUCCUGAGGAUGUACUGGGCCAAAAAGAUUCUUGAGUGGACCUCUUCACCAGAGGAGGCGCUCUCAAUCGCCCUGUACCUCAACGAUCGCUAUGAGCUGGAUGGCCAGGACCCCAAUGGUUUUGUCGGUUGUAUGUGGUCUAUUUGUGGCAUCCAUGACCAAGGAUGGAAAGAGAGACCAGUUUUCGGAAAGAUCCGCUACAUGAACUACCAAGGCUGCCUCAGGAAGUUUAACGUAGCCCAGUUUGAGAAAAAGUACUGUCCCAAAAAACUGUAAAGCGUGAAAUGUGUUCGAGGAUGAGAGAAAAAUGCCCGACAGCCUACAUCUCCUGCACCUUUUACCUCAGGGAGCAUUUCUACAACCUCUUUAGCUGUAAAUGUUCUUUUUUUUCUCCUUUUUGUUUUUACUGUCCAAAAACAUUCAGUGUAAUAUUUACACAUUUUACUAACGGGGUGUUACUUUUACUAAAUAUUAAGACAUAUUUAUCCAUGAAGCCUGUAAGCUGUCAUUUAGAUGAUGAAUAUUACUUUUUACAUUACUGCUUUUUUACUUUUUAUUUUUUAUAUUUUACUUUCAACAGAUGAUGCCUUGCUUGUUGUUACAGUAGUCAACAAUACAUGCUUAUCUUUUGUAGAUUUGACCCUUUCUGUUUACUGUGUUAUAAGUUGAUUCGUUUGCAGUCAUUUGUAAGAUGUGCA